AUGAAACAACGACACGUCCAUCUAGCACUAUCAGACAAUGCAACUAAAAUAUGUGAUUUGCUUCCGUCUAACAAAGGACGACAAUCAUUAGUUUAUGGACUAAUCAAAGCCUAUAAUCUUGAUCAGAUUUGUGAUGAUACUAUAGAAAUUCUUGCCUGUCUGGCGAAAGAAUUAACUAUGUAUCAUAGUGAAGAAUUUGUCAACCAUAUACUACACACUCGUGAUAAUGAAGAUCACCCAAAAGAAGACGAGUCAUAUGAGUUGAAUAAAUUAGAUAAGAAAUUUGGACUUGUUUAUGAUUGUUAUUAUUUCCCAUCAAUGGAUCAAUAUAUACGACUCACAGCUGGAUCAAGUAUUCUUACAGCAAAGACAAUUAUAUCCCAACAAAAAUCAUCUACAAAACAAAUCAUUGGAAUUAAUUGGUAUGGAGGAAGACAUCAUUGUCAUAAAUCUCAAGCAUCUGGAUUUUGUUAUAUUAAUGAUAUAGUAUUAUCAAUUAAUAUUCUUCGAAAAUAUUUAGGUUCUGUAUUUUAUCUUGAUUUAGAUUUACAUCAUGGUGAUGGUGUUGAAAAUGCAUUUAAAUUCUCCAAGAAAAUAUCAACUUGUUCAAUUCAUAGAUAUGAUAUUGGAAUAUUUCCAGGAACUGGAAGUUUAAAAAGUUCUGCUACGAAUACAUUUAAUAUACCUACACGAAAAGGAUUAAAUGAUAAAAGUAUGAGUUGGAUCAUUGAUGAAGUUGUUAUACCUUUAAUUGAAAAGUUUGGUCCAAAAAGUAUUGUUAUCCAAGCCGGUUGUGAUGGUUUAUCAACAGAUGAACACAAAGAAUGGAAUAUGAGUAUUAAAGGUUAUGCAAAUAGUAUUGAUACAAUAUUAGAGAGGUUUGAUAAGACGCCAGUGAUGAUUCUUGGAGGAGGUGGCUAUAAUCACACUGAAACAGCAAAAUGCUGGACAUAUAUCACGGGAAAGGUACUACAAUUGACAGAUACAGAACAAUGGGAUAUAAUACCGGACCAUAAAGAGCUAGAUGCUUAUGAAAAAGAUGGGUUUCAAUUCUGGACAGAAAAGAACUCAUCAUAUGGUAAGAUGAAGGAUGAAAAUACCAAAGAGUACUUGAAUGAAAUAAAAACGUAUUUAUUGUCUCUAUAA